CUUUUGCCCCUUUAGUCCUAUAUUCAAUCUCGCGUCUCCGGGCACCGCCGACUCUUCCAUCCCCACGCCAUCUCCAUCGCCGCCGAUUCCCCCAAGGAAAAAGCAGGGCGGCCAGAGAAACCCUAGCCCCGGCGAAGCCACACGAAAUCGAGAGGACAGAGAGAGAGAGAGAGGGCGGCCAUGUCGUACGACGACGUGGAGAUAGAGGACAUGGAGUGGAACGAGGAGCUCCAGGCGUACACCUACCCUUGCCCCUGCGGCGACCUCUUCCAGAUCACCAAGGACGACCUCCGCCUCGGCGAGGACAUCGCCCGCUGCCCUAGCUGCUCCCUCUACAUCACCGUCAUCUACAACGCCGAGGACUUCGCCGACGCCGCCGGCAAGAAGAGCCUGGAGCCCUCCAAGCAGCAGCCCGUCGCCGUCGCGUGAGUUUCGGGUCGAUUCUCGGGAGCCGCUGAGAUUGUAACGUCGGUUAGUUUUAAGGUCGGUUUUUGGGCGGGGUUGGAUUUAAUUCUUAGUUGAGGUCGAGGCCUAUUGUUAUAGUACCGUGAUUCUGCGGGAAUAAUGAUACUAACCUAUUGAUUGAUAUACGACGGGUUCGUGGAGUGGUCCCCUUGUUCUCCAUUCGAUGGUUUUGGAUCUUGUUCUUGUUUAAGUUUGGAUCAUCCGGAUGCGAUAGAUAGAUACGUACUGCUCUUGGUUUCACUUGGUGUUUGCAUACGAUUCGAAAUACAACGAGGUUGAGGUUGCUUCCUCC